UGUCUACCAUGUCGCUACUUGUCGCGUGGCAAUCGAUUCCGCGUUCAAUGUGUAGAAGCUAAUAGAUUGCGUAUUUAUUUCACGAAGAGAUUUACCACGUAUUUUCAUAGGUUAUACAUAACUAUAAUUAUACAUAAUAGUUCUACGGGGAAUAACUCAGUGGGUUAUAGGAGAAGCCAAAACUGGAACACGGUGUCGUAGCGAAGAUACCAACGAAAAGAUAAUAACAAGGCAAAAUAAUAACUAGGCUCUGACGGAUUACUUAUUCCGACCGAAGCAGCUUGCGUUACUUUUACAGAAAAUUUGGGAAGCAGUUUGCAAACUAUAAAAAGUCUUGUUUUUAGCACAGUCAGUAUAUAUGUCAGGUCACCUAUCAUGAUGAAAUCACAGAACCAGAAAAAACAAUAUGUGACCAGUUCUAGACCGAUCAACUACUUAUACUCGUACAAUCUAGACUUUAGCUCGUUUCCUCUACUUUGUAGAACUGUUUAUGAAUCAAUAAGAAGUACACAUGUAAAGAUUAGCAAGCACAUGCCAUUCUGUUCAUUCAUGCAUGCUAUGACCACUUGCUUGAACGCUUGGUUGUUCGAAACGGUGACUGUUAUUAACAAUGAAGAUCGCUAUAGUAACGAGAAAAAUGCCGCAUCGCUAAUUCCACAGGAUAUGCUCGUUCCGGAACCUAUAGCGGAAUAUCUCGCGACAAUUAACACAGUAAUUACACCGUCAGGAGAUACUGUCUAUGUUAAUGUUCCGGAUUGCUGUCUGCCACAGAUGACUAUUCCUGCCGUUGGUGAGCUUCCAGAGAUACCGCCAGGAAGUUUUGGAAGCAUAACAGCCGAUUCGCAUAAUGCUUACGAAUGUUACGUAUCUCCAUAUAUAACACGUCGGUUUGUUGAGACGACCAUCGAAAACGACGGCCAAUUUAUGCCAUUACCUGUCGGGCAUUUUCCACAAGAUACCAUUCCCAACAUGAAUCUACUUGGAUAUUCCAGGUACGAAAAUAUUCCAUAUGAGGCACUAUCGAAAUUGCGAAACUACAGGUUCCCUAAUAAAGAUAACAUGACAGGCCGGUUACAACUUGUUCCUAAUUUGAUGUAUGAUGUUUUACACGAACUGUCUAAUUCAGAAUCCAUCUCGAUGGUGCACUAUCACAAAAUACAGCGAAAAUCUGUGCAUACUGGCUUAGUUUACGCUCGGGUCAUGACGGCUAGAGAUGGCAAACAGAAUCAAAGCUACCUCAGUUCACAGCCAUUUACGUUAUAUAGCCCUUAUUCAUUUGAAGAAACUACUAUAGCUCAAGCCAUAUUGUUCGCUUUACGACGACAAAGAACUCAGCGUGCUCGCGGCUUAUGUUACACUUAUGUUGAUGGAUUACCUCCGAAUGGUUGGGAGCUCACGAUCAAUCAUAAUUUUAUGAUGGCAGGUGCAUAUGCACCAGAAAUUGGCAUGAUCCAUCCACAUCUGCGAGUCCCUCUUCAACAGGUGGACGUGAAUGUAGGAGAUAGGACGUUUAUCAUAGAAGACUGGUGUCAUAGGUUUCUAAUAAAUUAAAUUUUCUAAUAAAUAAAGUUUCUAAUAAAUUA